CAUUUCCCACAAGCGCCCCUUCACUUCCGGCUCGGCCGAGGCACUGCGGACAGCUUCCGGGUUUGGGCCUGGCUCUGUGACUGAGGCUGCGGCGGUGGCGGCCGAGCGGGAUACGGGCGGCGGGAGCUGGGGAACAGGCAUGGACGUUUCGGGGCAAGAGACCGACUGGCGGAGCACCGCCUUCCGGCAGAAGCUGGUCAGUCAAAUCGAGGAUGCCAUGAGGAAAGCUGGUGUGGCACACAGUAAAUCCAGCAAGGACAUGGAGAGCCAUGUUUUCCUGAAGGCCAAGACCCGGGAUGAAUACCUUUCUCUCGUGGCCAGGCUCAUUAUCCAUUUUCGAGACAUUCAUAACAAGAAAUCUCAAGCUUCCGUCAGUGAUCCUAUGAAUGCACUCCAGAGCCUGACUGGCGGACCCGCCGCGGGAGCCGCCGGAAUCGGCAUGCCUCCUCGGGGCCCUGGACAGUCUCUGGGCGGGAUGGGUAGCCUUGGUGCCAUGGGACAGCCAAUGUCUCUCUCAGGGCAGCCGCCUCCUGGGACCUCGGGGAUGGCCCCUCACAGCAUGACUGUCGUGUCUACGGCAACUCCACAGACCCAGCUGCAGCUCCAGCAGGUGGCGCUGCAGCAGCAGCAGCAACAGCAGCAGUUCCAGCAGCAGCAGCAGGCGGCGCUACAGCAGCAGCAGCAACAGCAGCAGUUCCAGGCUCAGCAGAGUGCCAUGCAGCAGCAGUUCCAAGCAGUAGUGCAGCAGCAGCAGCAGCAGCAGCUCCAGCAGCAGCAGCAGCAGCAGCAGCAUCUAAUUAAAUUGCAUCAUCAAAAUCAGCAACAGAUACAGCAGCAGCAACAGCAGCUGCAGCGAAUGGCCCAGCUGCAGCUCCAGCAACAGCAACAGCAGCAGCAGCAGCAGCAGCAGCAGCAGCAGCAGCAGGCUUUGCAGCCCCAGCCGCCAAUUCAGCAGCCAUCGAUGCAGCAGCCACAGCCUCCGCCCGCCCAGGCUCUGCCCCAGCAGCUGCAGCAGAUGCAUCACCCACAGCACCACCAGCCACCACCACAGCCCCAGCAGCCUCCAGUUGCUCAGAACCAACCAUCACAACUCCCGCCACAGUCGCAGACCCAGCCUUUGGUGUCGCAGGCACAAGCUCUCCCUGGACAAAUGUUGUAUACCCAACCACCACUGAAAUUUGUCCGAGCUCCGAUGGUGGUGCAGCAGCCCCCAGUGCAGCCCCAGGUGCAGCAGCAGACAGCAGUACAGACAGCUCAGGCUGCCCAGAUGGUGGCUCCCGGAGUCCAGGUCAGCCAGAGCAGCCUCCCCAUGCUGUCCUCGCCGUCACCGGGCCAGCAGGUGCAGACCCCGCAGUCGAUGCCCCCUCCCCCCCAGCCGUCCCCGCAGCCCGGCCAGCCUGGCUCACAGCCCAACUCCAACGUCAGCUCUGGCCCUGCCCCGUCCCCCAGUAGCUUCCUGCCCAGCCCCUCACCGCAGCCCUCCCAGAGCCCAGUGACGGCACGGACCCCACAGAACUUCAGUGUCCCCUCACCUGGACCUUUAAACACACCUGUGAACCCCAGCUCUGUCAUGAGCCCAGCCGGCUCCAGCCAGGCUGAGGAGCAGCAGUACCUGGACAAGCUGAAGCAGCUGUCCAAGUACAUUGAGCCCCUGCGCCGCAUGAUCAACAAGAUCGACAAGAACGAAGACAGAAAAAAGGACCUGAGUAAGAUGAAGAGCCUUCUGGACAUUCUGACAGACCCCUCGAAGCGGUGUCCCCUGAAGACCUUGCAAAAGUGUGAGAUUGCCCUGGAGAAACUCAAGAAUGACAUGGCGGUGCCCACUCCCCCACCGCCCCCGGUGCCACCGACCAAACAGCAGUACCUAUGCCAGCCGCUCCUGGAUGCCGUCCUGGCCAACAUCCGCUCACCUGUCUUCAACCAUUCCCUGUACCGCACAUUCGUUCCAGCCAUGACCGCCAUUCACGGCCCACCCAUCACGGCCCCAGUGGUGUGCACCCGGAAGCGCAGGCUUGAGGAUGAUGAGCGGCAGAGCAUCCCCAGUGUGCUCCAGGGCGAGGUGGCCAGGCUGGACCCCAAGUUCCUGGUAAACCUGGACCCUUCUCACUGCAGCAACAAUGGCACUGUCCACCUGAUCUGCAAGCUGGGUGAGUGUCCAGAGGGCCGGGGCUGGCGUGGGAAAGCAGGCCCUGACCGCAGCCCCAGGGCUUUGCUGUCCGAGCCAGAGGGCACAGCGCCCAGAACCCACCCUGUGUUCAUGCCCCGCCAGGCUGUCUGCUCUAUCCUCACACACAUGGGCCCCAGACAGCCUGGCCAUGCCUCAGUCCCCACUGCCAGAGCCCGCACACUCUCACCUCCCCAACACAGAUGUGGCUCUGCUUGCCUGGGGCCCUAGGGAGGUGGUAGGCAGGACCUCUGGGCACCCAUCAAUGCAGGGCACUCCAGGCUUCACGUUUGGAAAUCUGAGAGUCAGAGAGACCUCCUCCAGGCUUUGCCACAAGCUUCACCAGAACCUCCUCGGGUGUGAAGAGUCCUGUUCCAGAGCAGGGCUGUGAGGCAGGGCAGGCUGGGGCUUGUCCAGGUCACAGAGCCUUCUGUGUUGCAGAUGACAAGGACCUCCCGAGUGUGCCACCACUGGAGCUCAGUGUGCCCGCUGACUAUCCUGCCCAAAGCCCACUGUGGAUCGACCGGCAGUGGCAGUACGGUGGGUAGACCCAGAGGAGCUGUCUGGGGACCCAGGGCAAGCAGGGGUCAUUGUGGAAAACCAGGCUUCCAUUGCAGCAGGGACAGCCUCUGUGUGCUCCUGCCCCUCCCCAGCUCAGGCCCCUCCCUCCCCUCUUCUGGCUCCUCCUGCACGGAUAGGAGCGGGUUUUCCAGUGGUCGCCUGAGAGAAAAGGGUCUCUGCUCCCACUGUGUCCCUUCGCCUCUUCAACUUGUGUCAGGUCAGCUCUCCAGGGUGGUUGUGUUCAGUGGGAGAGGGGUGAGUAAGCCCAUGGCUCAAGGACAGUCCCUGCUCUUCCCAGAGGCCACUACCUUGGCAGGGCUGACGGGUUCCACCGGUAGCUUGGGCACACAGGGCCCCAUCUGGGUGAUGUGGCUCUAGAGAGAACCACGGUGGCAGGGGGCAGUCUCCCUGAGCCCAGAGCUGGCACACAGCAGAGCUGGGCUGGGUCCCCAAGGUUGUUAGAGGCAGAGCCCUAGAUCCUGUUCAGAUUCAGUUCUUCACUGACGAUGAGGCUCUGGGAGAAGAGUCCGAAGGCCGGGCAGCGUGCAGGACAUAUCACCUCCUGGUGCUUUGGCCUGAGCCUGGGACUACCCCUUCCCAAAGCACUGCCGGGUGUGCCAGGAGCGAGCGCAGCGCUGGACACCUUAGGUUCACACCCGCUGCUCUGUUGCAGACGCCAACCCCUUCCUCCAGUCGGUGCACCGCUGCAUGACCUCCAGGCUGCUGCAGCUCCCGGACAAGCACUCGGUCACUGCCUUGCUCAACACCUGGGCCCAGAGUGUCCACCAGGCCUGCCUCUCAGCCGCCUAGCCAAGACUGCAGGGAUGGCCCGCAGCCUCAUCGGGGCCAAGGACACAUGCCUCCUGUCAGGCACUUCUAGGUGUUGGCUUCCUUAGAGAGCCUGGGGUUAGGUUAGCUUUCCUGCUUUUAUCUUCUGCCUUGGGGACCUGCCAAACGAAAUCCCACACCUGUACAGAACUGGGAUAGGCGCAGUGGAGCGGGUUGCUUGGGGGGCGUUGGCCGACUUCUUAGAGAAGGCCCUCCAUGUGACUUCCUCCAAGGAGCGGGAUGCGAUCCUCGGGCUGCUCUCACUAUGGCCUGUCCACGGUCCAGGUCCAUCUCAGCAGUGUGAGGGUGCACUCAGGGUGUUGUUAGAGCGUCUUGUGUGUGCUAGACACACCCCUACUCGUUCCUAUAGGAGAACACAGAGGACAUAGGAAACCCUUAAAACACACAUGGGAUUCUCUGGUCACAGUUUUGGGUUCAGGCUAUGCUGCUUUGGGCAGGUGGGGCACCCCCCCAGGGAAGCCCCCAAGUCCAGGGCACAGGCUGCCUUUUGGAGAGAGGGCUGGCCCAUAGGCGCUGCCGGCUCCCCACCACCAGCUGGGCCUCAGCCCUCAUGGCAUUCCUGCUGAGCACCGUGGGGCAUCCAGGGAGCAGGGGCGUUGGGGCCUGUGCCACUGGCAUGAGGGCCGUGUCCCCACUGUGAAGGAUGAAGAGCAAGGCCCUCAGGACCCGUGUCCUCAGAGCAUCACACACUGAGCCACCCAGAGAGAGUGGGCCUGGCAGCAGGCCGGGGCCAUGCAGGGAGCGCCUCCCUAUGUUGUCUGCCACUCUGGGCACCGGCCACCAGCCCUCUGGUGAGAAGAGGUUCCCCCCUUUUUACGUGCACUACCCCAUCAUCUGUGAUUAUAAUAAAUUUAUUAUUCCUGUGUU